CUUCAAUCUCUCUGCACAUUGACCUCAUGAAUGCAAACAUCAAAGUUCACUUAAUGCGUCAUUUGAUAUCACGAGAACGAGAGAAUUCAUAUUUAAGAACAGGAGGCUUGUAACUUUACAUUGAAUUCAUGUAUUUUGCAUUUUUAACAUUAAAUCGUAUUAACAAUGCAACAAAACGUUUUGAAAUAUUUUAAUACUCUCGUACAAGCGAAUGCUAACUUUAAUGAGCCUUUGGGUAAAGCUAGGUAAUUGAUAGUACGCGCACAAUCGUACAGUGUGUCAACGUCACGAGAGUUCGUAAUGUGUGUAAAAGAUGCGUAUGACAUAUUGGUUUGGCGUGGAUCUGGGCAGCUUUUUGUUCUCGGGAUAUGAUGUUACCACGGUAUGGGGUCUUCUGGCCACGUGCUUGGGUUUGGCUGCGCUUGCAGUGCUCUACGAGGCUAUGAAAGUUUCUCAGUUUCACUUGCAACGGCGGUUUGCCGUUAGGUCAGUGCCGAGAACAACUUCCGCUUCCUCUGAGAGCUCAUCUUUAUUAUCCAAAGUUACAUCAAGAACCUUUAGAAUUUCAUCUCGUACACAAUGUGAUCCUUACUUUAAAUGGAUACUUCAAGUAUCACAUUGGUCUCUUCAUACCAUACUUGCUUAUAUCUUGAUGAUGGCAGUUAUGACAUAUAAUGUGUAUAUCACUAUUGCUAUUGGAGUUGGCGGAAGCUUGGGGUAUUGGAUCUUUGGUCCUACACUAGUACAAUUAAAAAUGGAACAGUUUCGCCGUAAACAAGCGAUUGUGGAAUGUGAUAAGAAUUGUGAAGCUGUCUCGGAAAACCAACAAAGACGACCAUCUGCUGUUUCUGUUGUUGCAGAGCAAUUAGUCACUGAGAUAAAUAUAGAUGUUCACGCACCGAGAGAUGCAUGAUUUCUAUAUGAAACACACAGCAACACAAAGUCUGAUAUUAUAUACCGAAGGUAGUUGUUAUUGUUACAAUGUAUAUUAUAUAUGUACAUGUGUAUAUAUUAUAUAUGUACAGCAUAU